GUUUCCUUCUCCUGCCAGAGAUCUUUCCGCGCCUCUCCGUACUUACCACUACUCUUUCUCGCGGAUGGGCUCUAUAAUACGCCGGAUCGUCAGGCGCUGACCGGUUUUAAUCUUUAUCGUACACUAGUCACAUAGCAAGCGCGUCAGUUCGACUAUCGUGAGUGUGAAAGGCUGAAAAUCACGCAAAUUUAUAAAGUCCUGUACAAAGUUAACAAAUUCUGAUAGUACGCAGCAAUUCAUCAAUCAUGCGGUUCAAAUUGGGAUAUCUACUGUGCCUCUCAAUCAUAGUAAUUUUUAUGAAAAGAUGUGUGUGCGUCGUGGCGCCAAAUCUUACACAGACAAACAUUUCUUCACAAAUUACUCCCCAAACUGAAGAUGACGAAGAUUUCGUACCCUAUCAUGGUGAACGCUUCACUAUCUUCGAUUGGAUGUUGUUCAGGAAUAUGGCCAAGGCGAAUGCAGGGAAUCUAUUACUGUCACCAAUAUCCAUAAAAUUAGCAUUAGUGCUUCUUUUUGAAGGAGCUCAAGAUCAAACUGCACGUGAACUUGCAGAAGUCAUGCAACUUCCGCUUACUGUGCCGGCCACUCGAGAAAAAUUUAACAAUAUCUUAAAAUCUCUGCAAGAUCCGUCUUCUGCGUAUACUUUAAAUAUCGGAUCGCGUAUUUACAUCGAUGAUAAUGUGCUGACCAGACAACGCUACGCAGCGACAGUAAAAACCUUUUACAAUACUGAUGUGAUCAACACCAAUUUAUCCGACACGCAUGCAAUUGCGACUAAAGUUAAUUCUUGGGUCAGUAAUAUUACGAAUGGAUAUAUUGAAAAAAUGAUAGAUGACGAACAAAGUUUGGAAAACUCGGUAAUGCUGAUCGUUAAUGGACUAUUCUUCAAAGGUGCUUGGCGUCACAAGUACUUUACGACCGAGAACACUCACUUUUCCAAAUUUCACAUCAACGUCAACGAGAGCGUAGAUGUACCAUACAUGCAUACCAUCGGUCGAUUUUAUUACGCCGAAUCAUCAAGACUCGACGCGAAGAUUCUCCGGAUUCCGUACGAUGGCUCUAAAUUUGCCAUGUAUAUUGUACUGCCGCGCAUGUUGACCGGUGCGGAUCAUAUUAUCAAUCAGAUUAAUCCAUUCACACUGGCGAGCGACAUGUGGACCAUGCAGGAAUUGCCUCUCGACGUUUAUAUCCCGAAAUUCAAAUUCGAAUUCACAAGUCAUUUGGAAAAUGUUUUGCGCGAGCUUGGUAUUCGCGAUAUCUUCGAUGACACUGCGCUAUUGACAGGUAUAGCAAAAACAAAACGAACUUCCAAACAUUUAAAGGUGUCUGACGUGAUGCAUAAAACUGGAAUAGAAGUAAAUGAAGAUGGGACAAUUGCUUAUGCUGCAACAGAGAUACAGAUUGGAAAUAAGAUAGAAGAGAGCACAUUCCAUGCCAAUCAGCCGUUUGUGUUUUACAUCGAGGACGAAACCACUGGUACCAUUCUUUACAUAGGUAUAGUGCGGAAUCCCCUGAAUACAUCUGGGACUACAGGGAAAAUAAAGCAAGAAUUUCCAUCACGAGUUAAUCUGAAUACAACAACAGUAACUCCCACCAAUCCCGGUAAACCAUCAUAAAUAUAUCUAUAAUAAUCGAAGAUGUGUGGGAAAGGGUGGUGAUGUCUUUUAUGGUAGUAAUGGCUACAACGUAAUAAUAGUUUUACUCUGGCGUAAAAAUUUUUCUUUAUGAGGUAAACUCUCUGAUUGAUAUUUUAGCUGCGUUAAAAGUAAAACCAAAAAGUUAUAAAUAUUAAUAUUUAUAUACUAUUAAUAUUUAAGUUUCCUCUUUAUUAACAGCGGUUUGGUGUUGAGUUGUACAGGGUAUUUAGCCUUAAAUUCGUAUCAUUUUAAAAAGCAAAAAAAGAUAAAAGAUAAUAUAGAAAAUGAGCUCCUUUCUAGAUUCUAGAGAGAUCUUUUAUCCAAAAUGAUACUAUUUACCUAGAAUGGUAUUUUUAUCUAAUAUAAUAUAUAUUGUUUCUUUGCCUUUUCAAAGAUAAAACUUGAGGUAAAAUACCCUGUAUAGAUAGAAAGGGUCUACUUUAGAAAAAGGAAUUGCUAGAUAAAAUAAUUAACAUAGUAUUAACACAUUGCAUGUAUUACUCUACAUAUUUGUAUUGUAGUAUAUAAUUAUAUUUUGAUAGAUGUGGUACGAUAAGAAUCUCUGAUCAAAUCAGUUUUCCGGUUUAAAUUCCAUUUAUUUAAAUCCGUUAAAUAUAUAAACUAUUUUUAUUCAAUUCAAUAUAAAAAAAAAACUAUAUUUUUUUCUUUAGAUAUAGUAAAAUGGAAUACUUUGGAUACAAUCUCGCUUUAAAUUGUAGCGUUAUUAAAUAUUCUGCAGAGAUUGUGUAUAUUUAUUGUGUAUAUGUGACAUAUUAUAAUCGAUAUUACUAUCAUGAAUAAAAUCUAUUCUGUUCCCAGUGUAAUGCUAAGUUCUCGCAUCUAAAUUUCAUAUAAAUCUAUUUAUUUAUUUUAAUACUUGAUGUGCCUUUAUUACGAAUGCCAAUGUACCAAAGAUAUAAUUUAUUUAUACCAAAUAGAUUUAUUAUAGAUUUUAUGCAAUAAAAACCUAGCAUGCACAUCUCACGAAGCUGAGAUUAUUUUGAUAAUCUUAUAAAUUUUCUUAACAUUAUUAAUUAUUAACACAAUAUGCUUGCAAAUUUGCAGAAAAUGUAGUUUCUUCAUUAAUGAAAUAAAUAAAAUAAAAUAUGUUAUUUUCAACA